CCGAGCAUUCAGAUGCUUUGACGACGAAAUAUUUCAAAUUUUAUAUCCCACCUAUGUUAGACCACACUGAGAGUACUGUAUCCAAGCAGCUAACCCAUGUCUGAUAAAGGAUACUAACUUGAGCGUGUUCAGCGUGUGGGAACAAACUCCUUUAUGAUGAGCGCUUGAAACGCCUAAAACUUUUCCCCUUGUCGUAUCGUAUGAUACGAGGUUACCUUAUACUGGCACUCCGUAUCCUUAAUUGUGAUUUAGGUGUUAAUAUGUCUUAUAUUUCUGCUCCCUCCAGCACUAAUAGUCUCCGAGGUCAUAGCAAGAAAGUCCACAAACCGCGAUCUAAACUUAAAGUGGGGUCCCGCUUUUCUCAUCGAGAAGUCAAUGACUGGAACGCCUUAAUCGAACAAGUGAUAUCAGCCCCAUCAGUGAGUAUUUUGAAGGAGAAGCUGAACCGAACCAAUCACAAUUGCGAUAGCUAACUUGAACAUUGGGAGUGAACCAUUUGAACCAUUUGAACCAUUUGAAAUUCAAAGGUAUUCGGAAUUGUACACUAUUAACGUCUAGUCUUGAAUAUCAGAUUAUGUCAAGUUAACGUUUGAGUUAUCAUUAAUUAUUGUCAGUCACUUUCAUUAUUGAACACUCUCAUACUACUCCUCACACCUCCUCAGCACAUAUGCGUAUAUUCAAGUUAGAUAAAAACCUCCCAGAGUGAACGAUACAUCUGUUGUAAGAUUUACGUGGUAUAUACGCUGGAUAUGGUGAAAUACGCAGUCAGUGACGUUUGUAUCUUAGCGAUCCACGACUCAUUUGACUCCCAUGCAAAACAUAUUAUAAAUAAUUAUUUAUAAUAUGUUUUGCAUGGGAGUGCUUUAAAGCACCGAAUGUUAUGUAUUAUAAUGUUGGGAAUUAGUGGGACUAAUUUGUACAAAGCGUCAGUGCAUACCUUGGAAAUUUCUUAGAAUAACUGUGAAUCAUUUUUUCAUCUCAUCUUAAAAUCAUGGGGUCUAUUAUAGUCUGAUAAUGUGAAUGGAUUUGGUCGGAAUAGAAGUUUUCUAACUAGGCUCCAUUUGACUCCAUCUGACGUACGAAUGUCCCCUCUACGUUUCGUAUCGAAGUUGAACUCAGGUAAUUGCUUCAGGGAAUGUUAAAUGAGAUUUUGUGAUUUUAGUCACUUUGAGGUCGCGUUUCAGUAUUAUUUAUUUCAAGAGGUAUUGACGCAGUAUUUUUAAACUUUGAAUACUUUCCAAAUGAACCUUUUUGUUGAAAGAGAAAACAUCAUUCUUUUGUUAAUCGAGGCUGCACAGAACUGUAAAAUUAUGUGAAAACGCUUGCCAUCUAAGCGGCAAAAAUACUCAUCAAAGUUACUAGUGAAAGAUCAUAAGGAACCAAGACACUUAAAUCGUUUCCUGUUAAUGAAUAAUAAUAAAGGAUUAUUUGUUGUACGUGUGUUUUACAUUAUCCCACUGAUGGACUACCCCUCAGAGUUAGAUGUUGAUUCAUUGUUAUCUCAUUCUCGAAGUCGAGUUGGAUAUUACUGCAGCGCUAAUCUAUCUUGGUUUUAGACCUCUUUCCAAAACAUUAAAUCAUCUGCAAAAAGUUUUUCAUUCAAUUUUAUUUUAUGUAGUGUUUAGUUCGUUCAAAACUAAGGCGCCUCCACGUUACUUAUACUAAUAUCAGUCUUGUUGAUUCUAAUGAGGAAUCCUGUCUGUUUUCUUGAUUUCGAUUAUUGACAAAUUGCUUAAUAGACUGCCAGUAUGACCUGCCGAAAAUGACGCCUAGCUUAGCUCUCUAUGGAUCUACUGUUAGCUCUGGUUUACAAAGAUAUGCGUAAAGUUGUUAUAGGAAGUUUUGCUAAGGAGAAAUGGCACACUAUGAAACUUUAUGACAGGUCCAGUUCUCCAAAGCAGCAUGUGUUGUACCAGCUUUUAAAAUCUUUUAGUAAAUCAAUAAAUUCUCAGAGGUCCUUUACUUUUAGAAAUCUCGAUUUUUGGAUGGACUUGGACGUUAGGGCUUUUCGGAAGUCCGUGCUCAUUCUAAUCAGCAAUCAAGUUCAACUUUGUACUUUGGCUUUAAUCUACACUGUUUAAGGUAAUAUUAAUAACCGCUGCAUUAACUGAAGUAAAGCUAGGUUCAUAUUUGGAACCUGGUGGUUGAACGUGAGGUGUUUUAAAUCCCCUUCAUAUUUGCUAAGUGCAUAAUGAUUCUAAGACUUAUUCAACUAUGUACUGUCAGGUAUUAGGGAUGGAUCAUUUGGAUCUGGUUACUACUUUACCUGUUUAGAACUACGUAUUUUCUCUGGUGAGUUAGUCAUAAUAAUUUGUAGAAUCCCAAUUUUCCUAUUUUAUAGAAGAUUUUGUCCGUUUUGGGUAAAUUUUGGGGAAACCGCAAUAAAAAACUGAGGAAAUGACACAAAAACCCUAAAAUUUCCUGAGGUCUGGGAAAAAUCUCCAAAAUGUUUGAGGGAAUUUAGGGUUUUCCCCAAUGUUUUCACAGAAUCUUAUAACACUUGGGUUUUUCCCUAAAAUUUGGAGAAAAGUACCAUAUUCCUUACGACUUCGGGGAAAACCCCAAAAUAGGGAGAUUGGGAUAUUAUCAACCAAGUCUCAAUCCACAAUCACCACAAUGUAUGAAAGCUGGCUUCCUUCUGCAUACAUUUUGCUACUUAAAAUUUGAAAGUGACUGUGUGAGGAGUUUGUGCGAGCAUCCCAUUCGACGGAGAAAGAUUCCGCGGUAGACUGUAUCGACUGGAUCACAUGAGUUAGUAACCAAGUUGCUAGCAACGACAGUGUGCGUAAUAAACUGAGCAAGAUGAUAUGCUUGGUUGAAUCUGAACGUAUGUGAGUCGUUGUUACUUUUCGGCAGCUCACCCCUUGAAAAGAAAUCUUUUUAUGUAUCUAAAGUGGUUGGAUUAGUGACCUUGACGGCCUUGGAACGUGACUGACUCAACGAAAUAGCUACUUAAGGUCGGUUACAUACUAUCUUAGUUGUGGCAGCUGUUAGAUAUGUUAGCUCUGUACUUUUAAACCAUUGGCACCUGCACCAUAAGUCUCUAUGGAGAGGUGUGUUGCUCAAUUUUUCAGUCGACAGUCUUAACCCCAUUAUAUUUUAGUAAUUCAAAAUCAUUGGAUAUGCCAGUCAUUCGCUAAAGACACUGCUUCUGGUUAGAUUCCAGUAUAGUUUUCAGUAAGACAUUGCCAUCAGACUUUAGGUUAUAUGUUUUUGAUCUUUUUGGUAUUCGACCGACCUAUCCGGCAUACUAAAACCGGAAGGAACAAUUGUUUCAGCCUAUGCAACCUAAUCGUGCCAUCACGGUAGAUUGGCUCAACCACCAAGUUUAAACAGCAGUCAUGUUUAGAAACCACCAAUGAGGACCUCUGGCAUCUUGUAUUUUUAAUCACUUUCUUCUCAUGGUUACCCGGUAGACAUAAAUUGGUCAGUUUUUUAUUAUGGAAUUUUCUUGUAAUUUAGCAUUUCUGAACUAUUGUAUUAAAGAGAAUAAGUAAGUCAAGAUAUCCUUAGUAGAUGUUAAUGACAGCUAUCUAUCAGCACUAACCUAACUUGUAAUAAAUUACCCUAGAUUUAUUUGAUCAUUUGGAAUAAACAUUAAAGAUUGCUUUUUCUGGUAUAGGUAUAUCAAGUUAAAAAUUUAUUUACUUCCGUGCUUUAUAAAUAUUUACUUUUUUCCUAAAUUCUAGUUUCGGCUCAUGGAAAAACCACCUCUCAGCAGCUCUUCGUUGGGAUUUCCAAUAGGCGUAAUACAAAUUCCGGUGUCCUUGUCCGGUCUUACUGAAGUGGAUGUUAAUGGUUUGCCUAGAUUACCCGUGUCAGUGACAUGCUAUGCAAGGUUUCGUCGGUUAUUACAUAUCAAACAUCAUAACUUGUGUCAGUAUCUCGAUGUUGUCAGAGAGAAGGGAGAAAUACUAUCAGUUGUCUGUGAGUACUACAGCACAAGUUUUUCUAACUUCAGUUGUCCCGUCACUGACGUUAAUUGGUUAUCACAACGCUUUAGUGAAUGUCUAUCUGCCUUAUCUUUUAUGAGUGACAAUGGUUUAGUGCACUGUUGUUUGACUCCUGAUAUGAUUAUGCUUGAUUCUGGUGGACGUGUAAAAAUUGGAGGCUACGGAAUUUAUUAUGCUACAGAUUGGGGAAAUAUAGUUGAUUUUACCUUCCCCAGUCUCAUGUACUCUGCUCCUGAGGUAUUUUUAUUUUUAUACAAUCAAGCCAAUAAUUCAUGUCAACCAGAACGUUCAACAAAAUCUGAUAUGUGCUGGACAAAUAUAAAAGCAGACGUAUGGUCUUUAGGCGUCAUAUUUUUUGAGACAAUAUUUGGUAGGGAAUUCACUAAUCCAUUACUUAAACUUCGGAGUGAAAAUAUGAAAGAAGGUGAAAUAAUUUCCUUGUAUCUAAGGGGUCUUUGUCAGGCGAAUGAAUAUCCAACAUUACCUGAAUUUUUACAACUUCAUCUGAAUGUUAUAUCUGCUGACCUGGACAUCUUGGUUCAGCUUAUUCAAUGUUGCUUAAAGUUCGAUGCAGUAAAGCGACCUAAUCCUAAACGUCUUAUGAAGGAGAUCAACGAAUUACUGAAAACUGAUUGUUACAUAUCUUCCGAUAUAAGUGGUGACAAAUAUUCAACUUCCUGGUGUAGGGUGAGUUUACUCUUUAUGUAAAGAAUACUUGCUUAUGCAGAUUUUUGGCAGCUUUCCAGUCUGUGUCCUGAACCAGUUAAAUUCGUUUCAUUUCAAUAAGAAUGCAGAUUGGGGCAUUUUUGUUUAUUAAGUUAUUAUAAGAUAUUAUGUAUAAAAUUAUGUUAAAAAACAAUGUCGCUACCCAACUUUUGUUGAAAAGAUAUUAAAAACCCAAUGUUUUUAAUCACUGAAAUGAAAUAGUCAUCUUACUCAUCUUCAAAAAGAGAUUGCAUAAUUCAUGUGCAAAUCACCAGUGUUACCAGUUGUGCCCAAAUUAUUUACUUGGGUAGAAUAGUGUAGUCAAUGUACCUACGUACAGAGUUAGGUCCCAACUGCUGGUCAUUAUUGAUAGGUUUGGCAAAGUUUGCAUAACAUAAAGGGCAUUAGUUAGUCAUACCUAGCAUGAAUGUACGUCGAACCAAGCUCUCACAAUUCAUAUUUACAAAGUGUAAGAGGAAAUUAGUAAGAUUGAAAACAACAGAAUCAAAAUAAUAUCAGUGUUAGUGUUGUUUUGUAACCAAAUAUAGAAAAUAUAUUUCAAGAAUUGUGAAUGGAAUAAAGAAAUAAGAAGGGAACUCAGGAUUUUAUCGAAGAGGAAUAAUCAAUCCAUUGAUGCCUCUGCAAUCUGUCUCGGAGCAUAUCACGUAAGGUUUACAACUAUAGGUUAUAAUUAUUUCAUGGACACUAACCAGGAUGUUCACAUCCCACAACUUGGCUUAGUCCAAUGGUGAGUGACCUUACUGACUGAUCUAAUGCCGUAGUCUGGCCUCCCCCAAUUUCACAACAGUUCAUGAGAUCAGGGAAUACUAUACUGAACUGUGUCAUUAGGUGCAAACUCUGCAUUUUAUCGGGAUCUUCAUUCCAGUGCUGUUUGCGUAUUCCAAGUCAAUAAGAGGAUCUCUUAGGAAAUACUCAAUCCAUGAGGAAUAUUCAUAACAGUUGAAUAAAAGUGUAGACAGUACAUAAUCCUAAUGAUUAGCUUCGAAAGGUAAAUGACUGCAAGGUGUGUUCUGACACUAAUUAUUUGAUUAGUUUGAUUUACUUGUUUGACACCUACUUCAGUGACAAGUGCUGUCAUCAACUCUGUAGGUCAACAUUUAAAUUCAGUCCAUAGGUCCAUUAUGGGUGAAAUUUAACGACAAUAAUUGUUGGUGUCUCAAAAUAUGGCAAAAGACAGAGUUGUUUGACUAACUAGAGCAGGUCUUAAACUAAACCUAAUUAACUUCGUAUUUGUGAUUCUAAAUAGUAGUGGGUUUCAUAUGUUUAUGGAAGUGGAGAUUUUAAAAUUAUGGUUCUUUUGUGAUUGUCAAAAUAAGACUUUUUUUCCUUGUCAUAUGAAAAAAAUCAUUAAUUUAGACUAAUCAGUUUAAUUAAUAGUUCUGAACCACUAUCUUCAAAGAUAACUAAAGUUAACCUACCAAAUUUACAUACUUCUUACUUCAAUUACUAAAAGUGUGAUGUUACAAACUCACUGCCUUUCCCGUCUCUCUUCAUUUUUUCCCAUCACUUCUCAGCAAUCAUGAACUUGAUUACCUACAGUUGAGCCACUUUUGCUUUUUCUCCUGUUUGUAGCUCUUUUUUGGGAAUAAUAACAAGAGACCUUUCAUAAAGUUGUAAGAGAGAGGCCAUAAGACAUCUUUUUUUAAAUACUAAUGGUAAUACAUGACCGUAUUCAUAGACCUAAGAAAAUUGUUUAAAGUUAUAUCAUAACAUUAAUUCUUGUAAAACACAAAUAACUAGUAAUCACACCAGUAGCUGUUUAUUGCUGCUUAUUAUUAUAAUCGUAAUAUAGCUCAUUUUUUAACUGGUAUAUUUUUUCAGCAGAAGUAUAUUACAAGGCCAAGUCAAUGCAUCAUAUACUUCAUUAAAUAAAAGAAGUUGCAAAAAAUCCAUUUGUUAUAGAUUGGAUUUGAACGCUUUAGAUCCCAAUGAAUAACAAAAUUUACGGUAUCUUCGUAAAUAAUCAAAAUGACCAAACUCGUUUAAUCUAAGUAGAGAUCGUUAUUGUCGAUUAGAUUGUUUUUGCAUAAGGUAUGCAUAUUGUUAUUUGAUAAUCAAGGCAUAUUCUUUAGUAUUUGAGUGCUAUUUGCAUGUAAGUACUGUUCAAAAUGAGACAAUGAACGUGUGUUUGUUUACUGUUAAUUACUGUCAAAGACCAUGCUACCUAACAUAUCUAUUUACAAAGAACAAAUACCUUUAUGAAUCCCAUCAGUAAUCAUUAUUUUUUCCUAUUACAUAGAAAAUAUCUAAUCAACCCAAGAAACGUGAAUUUCAUCCUCAAUUAUUCAGUUUGGAGGAUAACAAAAAUAAUAUUUUAAAAGCUUAUAAUUUUAUUAACAGUAUUGAAAAUUUAUCAGAACUUUAUUACUAUUGGAUGUUAACCGGUGGUAAAAUUCAUGCUACAUUAAAAGGUCAUACAGAUUUAAAAAGUAUUAUUGAUAAUUAUCAUCAUAACAGUUUCAAGCAAGAAUCAAUAAAAGAAAAAGAAACAUUAAUUGGCGCGAAUUCUCAAUGUUUAUUACCUCCAGUCUUGAGAAUUCCACAUUAUCUUGCUUUAGUACAAUCAAAUGCUACACGUGCAAUAUCUUCAAAAGAACAAUGGCCGCUAGGUGAAAUUCCACAGCCACGUACAUUUCAGUUCCAAAUUACACCACUUUCCAAUGAAUGUUUUAUUGAACGUAUAUCGCAUACAUCUUUUCAUCAUUUAUAUCCCCUAUUUAUUUAUCAAGAUUUAAAAAUUAGUUCCACAGGAAAUUCAAAUGUUUAUUCUGCCUUGUACUCAGUUAAUAAUAAUAGUACUAAUCAUAUUAAUACUUCAUCUAACAGUUUAAUACCAAAUGAACAUACACGUAUGAUUCCUAAUUCACCCUUGUUUGAAGUGACUGAGAAACUUUCAGAUUUUUUAGAUUCAUUAUGCAAAAAUGAUUUAACCUGUAUUACCGGUGUUGAUUGGAGUAUGUCAUUUACAAAUAAUCAGUAUGAAUCAAUAUCACAACAACCAUUAUCAGUUAGAGAAACUGAUGUAGAUUAUCAAAUUUAUCGCACACGUUUAUUCACGCGAAUAAUCAAUGGACUACCCGCAACUAAACAAUAUCUUCGUUUAGAAGCACGUAAAGAUAUACCACCAUUUUUACGUUGGAAGGUAAGAUUAUAUUAAAAGUGUGGUUUUUAUUCGUACUAUGGAAAACUCAUCAGUUAGACUUGCGCAACAGAGAACCUAGGACAUGUAUGCAUCAGUUAAAGUUUCCACACUGCUAUGUUUGAAGCGAUUACGAGUUCACCUAGUCUGCGAACGGAACAAAGACUGUGACCAAAGACCAAUAAGCUAGCUAUUCUGAUGCGUCCCAGCUGCGCUAACUAGGGAGAGAAGUCCAAGUUCGAAACGGGGAAAUAUAUUCCUCAAGCAGCCAAAAGCACAAGCAAUGACGACAAGUCUAGUCAGAAAUAUACUCAUUUAUAUAUUGAUUCAUACACCCAUUUUUGAUUAAUCAGAAUAAAUCACAUAUAUAAAAAAUACUUCAUAUAAGAAUAUCGUAUGUUAUGCAGAAUAAAAUGUCUUGGGAGAAAACGAAACAUACUAUACCGAGUGGUCAUCAAAUUGAAUUAAACGGGAUUAAUGUUGAAUAAAAAUCAUAAUGAGUAAAUCAAUCUAAUUUUGACCUAUCAUCCCGUCAUACACCACAUUAGCACAGCAAUAUGAAAUUAUCAGGACAAAUGUUAAGGUAGUAAAAGUAGUAAGAGUGUAGUGAACAGGACACGGGUGGGGACAGUCGAAUGUACGUGGCACAAAAUUAAAGUUACUCGGUAAAAUAGAAAAACCAUGUAGUAAAACGUUAAUUUGCAAAAUAUUAAUCCAUCAUGUCAAACCGGACUGUUCCUGUUGCAGUAUAAAAAAUUAAAAGAUAAUUUCAAAUCUCAAGAUCUAACGGACUGCAAAGAAUGUAACAUUAAACAGUUCCCGUAUAGUAUACUAUAAUAUCGGUUUUCCUCAUAAUUAAUGAUUAUUUAAAUAGGAGUUGAAUGUUGGUUGACACUUCAACAUUGUUACUCAUCGUUCGUUCAAAGUUCCCCUCUAUGUAGUUGCUAGACAUUAACAACCAUCCCAAAAGUCUCGUUGUUUGAUCACUGAGCAGCAACCAAUGUCAGUCUUUAGUGUUGAUCAAACUCUAUCGACCAUGUUGUAAUGUAACCACUAGUCCAAUUAACUCAACGUUGGGUGCUCUAUAUUUUUAUAUAAGUUGCUGGUUGGAAACAGUCAGCAAGAUAACUUGGACCUAGUUCUCCUGCUAGUUAGCACUCGCAAACAAGGCAGAUCUGGAAUCUUAAGGGAACUGAUGCUUCUUGUUGAACUAGUACUCGUGUUAAUCGUUGACACAAAUUAAGGUUUUGUAAUGAGUCUUCCUGUUGAUUGAUUCCAAUCACUGAUAUGAUGGUGAAGAUCUUAAUUAAUUGGAGAGUAAACGACCACCUACAACAUUGAUUUGCUUUAGUUAUAUUUUUUGUCACUAUUUUGUAUAUAAUCAUGUUAUUUUCUUACAAAAAACCCUUCUCUGCCUUGGUGGACUUGCCGUUGAUCUCAUACGGGAACCUACAUUAAUAAUUUGUUCUCGCAAGGAGCCAUCACUCAGUCACAUCAUUUCAUGUCGUUUGCUUAUCGCUAUUCUUUCCCAUUUGAACAAAAAAAUUCGUUCAUAAAAAUUUACUUCAGAACAAUCUCAAACUUACGUCAAUGCUGAAAGCAUUUGAUUCGUUACCUUGUGUCUACUAACUAGAACUCUCAUGAGAAAUUAAAAUAGUUGUACUAUAUAGCUCCAGUUUCUGUAUUCUGAAAAGUAUAUCGAAUUUGUGAUGCUGUCGUUAGUUCAGAUAAUUCUUUAGAUUCUAGUGCGUUAUAAGAAUGACCUUAACAUAAUUUAAAAUCAUCCUCUUAUUUCGAGAGUUGAGAUUUUUAUUUAUCGAUUGUUCAAGGUCUAUGAAGUUCCCGAUUCGUUCAUUUAUAUACAAUGUGUUUAAAUACAGUAAUAUAUCAGUGACUUUGUCAUUAAAUCUUUUUUUUUCAAAUUACCAGACUGAAACAUUCAAUUGUAUAUUUGUAGUUUUUACGUUCAAAACUUAAAUAGCUUGUCAGUGUCAGGAGAGUCGGAACAACAAGAAAUACUUUGGGAAAUUUUGUUGUAACCUAUCAAUUCUGAGUUGUCACAAUUCGUAAUUAUGUCAUACAAAUAUUUAAAUGAAAUUAAAAACGAAAAUGUUAUUAUGAUUGACUUGGUGCUGAGAACUUACUGUAACAAAAUUUACAGUAUUUAGUAAAGCAGUCAUUAUUAUUAAACUAGUAUGACAACUAAACAUUGGCAGCUGCACCGUCUAUAUGGUCCAGUGCAUCAUCGAAAUGGGUUGAUAUCAUAAAUUCCACCAUUCAAAUCAUAGUGGUAUAAAUACUUGGCAGACAUUGAACGUGUUAUUGACUCACCUCAUAUUUGAACGAGACCAGUUUAUUCGUGGUGGAUCAACGAUAUCGUUCGUUCAAAGUUCCCCUCUAUGUAGUUGCUAGACAUUAACAACCAUCCCAAAAGUCUCGUUGUUUGAUCACUGAGCAGCAACCAAUGUCAGUCUUUAGUGUUGAUCAAACUCUAUCGACCAUGUUGUAAUGUAACCACUAGUCCAAUUAACUCAACGUUGGGUGCUCUAUAUUUUUAUAUAAGUUGCUGGUUGGAAACAGUCAGCAAGAUAACUUGGACCUAGUUCUCCUGCUAGUUAGCACUCGCAAACAAGGCAGAUCUGGAAUCUUAAGGGAACUGAUGCUUCUUGUUGAACUAGUACUCGUGUUAAUCGUUGACACAAAUUAAGGUUUUGUAAUGAGUCUUCCUGUUGAUUGAUUCCAAUCACUGAUAUGAUGGUGAAGAUCUUAAUUAAUUGGAGAGUAAACGACCACCUACAACAUUGAUUUGCUUUAGUUAUAUUUUUUGUCACUAUUUUGUAUAUAAUCAUGUUAUUUUCUUACAAAAAACCCUUCUCUGCCUUGGUGGACUUGCCGUUGAUCUCAUACGGGAACCUACAUUAAUAAUUUGUUCUCGCAAGGAGCCAUCACUCAGUCACAUCAUUUCAUGUCGUUUGCUUAUCGCUAUUCUUUCCCAUUUGAACAAAAAAAUUCGUUCAUAAAAAUUUACUUCAGAACAAUCUCAAACUUACGUCAAUGCUGAAAGCAUUUGAUUCGUUACCUUGUGUCUACUAACUAGAACUCUCAUGAGAAAUUAAAAUAGUUGUACUAUAUAGCUCCAGUUUCUGUAUUCUGAAAAGUAUAUCGAAUUUGUGAUGCUGUCGUUAGUUCAGAUAAUUCUUUAGAUUCUAGUGCGUUAUAAGAAUGACCUUAACAUAAUUUAAAAUCAUCCUCUUAUUUCGAGAGUUGAGAUUUUUAUUUAUCGAUUGUUCAAGGUCUAUGAAGUUCCCGAUUCGUUCAUUUAUAUACAAUGUGUUUAAAUACAGUAAUAUAUCAGUGACUUUGUCAUUAAAUCUUUUUUCAAAUUACCAGACUGAAACAUUCAAUUGUAUAUUUGUAGUUUUUACGUUCAAAACUUAAAUAGCUUGUCAGUGUCAGGAGAGUCGGAACAACAAGAAAUACUUUGGGAAAUUUUGUUGUAACCUAUCAAUUCUGAGUUGUCACAAUUCGUAAUUAUGUCAUACAAAUAUUUAAAUGAAAUUAAAAACGAAAAUGUUAUUAUGAUUGACUUGGUGCUGAGAACUUACUGUAACAAAAUUUACAGUAUUUAUUAAAGCAGUCAUUAUUAUUAAACUAGUAUGACAACUAAACAUUGGCAGCUGCACCGUCUAUAUGGUCCAGUGCAUCAUCGAAAUGGGUUGAUAUCAUAAAUUCCACCAUUCAAAUCAUAGUGGUAUAAAUACUUGGCAGACAUUGAACGUGUUAUUGACUCACCUCAUAUUUGAACGAGACCAGUUUAUUCGUGGUGGAUCAACGAUAUCGUAAGCUGAUUUAUUCCCUCAAAUAUAAUUUAUGUAUUUCACGUUCUUAGUCUACUCAUUUUACCUGGUCUAAACGUUUGGCUUCAUUGUUCACACUCUGUAUUUUACGUUAUUUACACAUGUUAUGCCUAUCAGUAGUUAUUAUUUAUCACUUGAUGUUUGUCGAAUUCCUACCUUGUUCAGUUUAUCUUACUGAAUUGUUCCUGAAGUUCGCUUAUUUGUCGAACUAGUCACUGGAUUUUCUCUAACAACUAAAACCAAGGUUUUCUCUGUACCAACUUCAUAUUGCAUUUCCUAGGUUUGGGCUGCUUUACUCGACGUUUAUCCCAAUCGGGAUUUCGAAUCAGCUUACCUGAAGGCAUUGCAUAGAAUCAACAAGUUUGGCUUGGACGUAACACCUAUAAAUGAAUUAAAUAAUAAUAAUAACCUUAGUUGUGAUCUCUUAGAUGAAAAAGUCAUUAAUCAAAUAUCAGUUGAUUUACCACGUUGUCAUGCUUAUGAUCCAUUGUUGGCAUCAUCUAUUGGGCAAUCUGUACUUCGUCGUGUUCUACUAGCGACUUUAUUAAUGAAACCUGGUGCAUUGGAUUAUACUCAGGGUAUGGAUUCUGUAGCUGCUGUAUUUGUGCGUAUAUGUUAUCCAGAUGAAGCGUUGGCUGCUGCUUGUUUAAAUGCUUUUUUGUCAACAAAGCUACCGGGAUUUUUCUCUUCUGGUGGUCUUACUGUUGGUUUAAAAUCGUAUUUCAAUACACUUCUACGGUUGUUAGCAUUUCAUGUACCUCGACUAGCUAUUCGAUUGGUUGAUAUUAAUGUGCCUUUGAUUGGAUUGACUACCGGUUGGAUUUAUACGUUAUUUGCUCAUGCUAUGCCAUUGGAUCGUAUAGAAUUACUAUGGGAUACAAUAAUUCCUGGUCCAGCUUCAUUGUCAAUGUUUUUCUACAUUGCAUUUUUUAUUCAGUUAGACAGACAAAUCAAUCUUGAGUUGUUAGGACUAGAAAAGAUUUGUACAAUUUUGUCGAAUUUUCCCGAUAUUAAUUUGGAUAAAUGUAGAACAGAUGCUUUAAAAUUGGCAUUGGCUACACCUCGAAGUUUAACAGCUUGGUCGAUUCCCAAUAGACAGUAUUUAAAUCAAAAAUUUAUGGAAAAUGAAGAAUUAAAAGUUGAAAACCUGAAUUCCGAAGGAAACGAAUCGUCAACUUCUGAUUUCUAUGAACGUUUAAAAUCACAGAAUGCAUGGCCAGAUCAUUUAGAAUAUGAUUUUACAGAAUCAUUAGAAUAUUCUAAUAUCGAUGUUGCAUCAAAUGUUUGUGAAAAACUAAAUAUAUCGUCAAAUGCUUUUAAAUUAGUCCCAUUACUCAGUUUUAAAGAUGCUGUGGUGCAUGUGAAACGUCCAGAUUGUCUAGUUUUAGAUGUACGUAAUAUCAAAGAAUAUAAUAGGUAAGCAUUCUAUUUCUAUAAUAUAUUCCUAUUAAUUGUUUUCAUAAGUAAUAUAUUCAUGUAUUCUGUUUGAUAUUGAUCAUAAAUUCUUAUUUAUUUCUCCAAAAUUUUAAAAGUGGAUUUAGAUGAAUUCACUUGGUAUUGUUUACUUGAAUCUUCCCGUUGAUGUUUAGGACUGUGAACGGUACUAGGUUCGAGUCCCGGAGUGGACAUCAACUCUGAGAUGCAGAGUCCCAAAUAGGACGAAACGCGCGUCCUGGAUUCCAGUGCUAAUCACUAUCCAUCUUUGUUUAUAAUUGAUUUAGAUGGUUAUAACAUUUAAUUUUCGUCCAUAACAUUCUAUGGGUACCAUGAAACUAAGCAGUGAUUCAAUAAUCGUUAUAAGCAAGCAGGCAGGUCUGUCAUCUCACAUUAUCUAUAUUAUAGUUUAUAGAGGUGAGCCAAAAAAACUGCGAUGAAUUUUCAACCAGUUCUUAGUCGAUCAGAAAACAGCUCUUAGGAAAUGGCUAUUUUUUGGAAAACAAAGCAAUAAUGUCAUAAGUGUUAAACGGAUUUCGCAUAAUUAAGUAAUCUGUUAAAAUCCUUUCAAAGUUUUUCUUUUUACAAAUUGAAAAAAAAUGUUAUAUGACUUUAUCCAUAUAGAUAUACAACAUUUGUCUUUUCGAACCCUUUUAAAGACCUAAAAUGAUUUAUAGUUCCCAGAUUGUUCUGGAAUCAUGAAUUAAUGUUGAGAUUUAGGAUUAAAAGUUAUGUUUGGAGUUUUUGUCACAAACUGACAUAAUGUAGUUUUACUUUAUAACUACAUAGAUUGAAGGUUUAGUUGUAGCACUAUGCGUUCAGUGUUAUGGAUUUUAGAUUAAAGAUUCAAGGUUUAAGUCAUAGUUACGCGUUUACGGUUAAGAUUUAGGCAUAGAGUUCAUUUGAGAGUUUCAUACAUGUCACAUAGCAAGAAUUGUUCACUUGAUUCGUUUAACACUAUUUUUUUCACUUUAUAGCAAGAAAGCUAAUUUUCGUUUUCAUUUUUAACGUUUAGAGGACUAUACAGAGGUACUUGUACCGCAAAAUACCUAACAGCCAUUUUCUCAACUUUGAUUGCCUCAUCCCUAUAAUAUAUUUUCACUUAUAUCAUUUUCGCACUUUUUCUGGAAAUACUUUUGUUUUGACCGGAUGAAUAAAUAGGAGAGUAUCACGUGAUUAAGGAACACUAACAUAAUAACAGUAUUAAAGAUUGGAAUCAUUUUGGCACUCAUACCUACAUGGAAAGUAGUAUGGUUAAAGCCAAGUAAUCAGAAUUAAUUCUGUAGUUAGUCACUGUAUUAAAAUAAACUCUUAUUUUUUAUCUUGAUGAAUGAUGAGCUAUGAUAUUUUCAUAAAAUCUUUGGGUUAUAGACAAAUUUAUCACAGAAAAGUUAUUGAAAGAUUGAUUUUUAAGAUCAACUUUCUCUUCACUCAGUUAUAUGUGUAAUAUACAUAUGCAUCUCUCAAAUUUUUUUGAUUAUGACAAUAUGAUUCAUGUUUAUUUAUCAAGAAUGUAGUUAGAUAAUAAUGUUUAAAGUAAAGAGACUUCAGAAUUUUCCUUUUUUCUAAUCAGAUUUUCCGUUGUUUAGUCAUUCCCCCAAUUUUGUAUUGCCAUAUAUUCCCAUUCAUUAUAAGAGUAUGAUAAUUUAUCAGUGUUAUGUGUUUGUAGAUACUACUAGAUUUUGUAGUUUAUAUCACAGACUGAUGUUAUUUAGAUAACCACUGAAAACCACGAGGCAGCAAACACAUGUUCUGUCCUGGUACCGGAAUCCUUGUCGGUACACAUCCACGAUCCCACCUAGAUCCACUCCAGGACCUUUUGAUCUUGUGGCGAGCACUUAAAGUGUGGAACACUGAGCUAGAAUACAUUCGUUCACAUCGUAUAGCCUCCAUCGAUUCACGGUAUUGUGCAAUCAUCUCUCGAUUUUAUUGCUACUGUUUCAAACUCGACCUUUACAUCAAUUCAAUCAUAUAUGAAAUAACGAGGUCAACGUUAUUUUUCAUGGAAUUAACUGAUUUAAGUCAAUAGGAACCAAAUUCAAAACAUUUAAAAUAGUUAAGAAGUAAUUUACUCUGUAAUUCGCUUGAUCAAAUAAAACUGGAGUUAUCUGCAACAUCUUUAAUGUACAAUGUGUUUGUUGUUUCAAGUAUUUUCAUUCACGGGGGUGAUUGUUGCAUAUUAUAAUGUAGCUUUCAUUAGUACUUUUUGGUUUUCAUCCUGCACGUUGGACUGUACCACAUUGACUUCUUCAUAUCAAACAGUUAUAGAAAUCUCCACAGGUGAUCAGAAAUCUUUAGUGAAAAUAAAACUCCAAUUUGGAACACUCACUCACUAAAUGAACAUAAAGAUAGUCGACAAACAGCUAGAUACAACAAACUUGUUGAACAAAUAAUACUUAAAAUGUAUCGAGAUCAUGAACCGAUUGAUGUUAGACCACCAUUGAAAACCUGCAUGCACUGGACGGCCGUUUUGUCUUAUUGUGGGACUCCUCAACAGUGCGCGUCCACGAUCCCGCUCGCGGGAAAGUAAAAUUAAAUAGAGCAAUAGAUAAACUGUAAAUAUGAAACGCAAAAUAAAAAAUGUUAGACAUUCUAAGGUCAAUCAAAAGAUCAAGAUCAAAUGUUCAUGAUCCACUGUAGUUUUAUUAAUCGCUUUAAUAUGAUUUACUUUGUAUUCUAGGUUUUUGUGCCAUUGAUCAUUCAAUAGUUCAUCCAUACACAAGAAAUACUUUAGAUGCAAUCAAUUCGACAUAAGAACCUUUCCAUGCAUCAGUUUAAAAAAUUCAUCCAUUAAUUUUCUAUAUUUGGGUUAAAUUACAAGUUCCAACCCUGUUGCUUCACUGACUUAACUUUCAUCUGGCUGGUAGUAUCAGUAGUCUUCACAAACACACACAUUAUAUAUAUAAACCCUGCUUCGCUUUGGGCACCCGGGCAGUAUCACAGCCCUCACACAUAUCGAAUGGGAUUUUUGUGGCGCAUAUGUAUUUUUCGCCUCCUUGUACCAAUAUCUAUGUGUUAAAAUAAUAAUAAUAAUAAUAAUAAUAAUAAUAAUAAUAAUAAUAUAUAUAUAUAUAUAUAUAUAUAUAUAUAAACACUUACAUGUCGAUGUACAGGGUAAAAAGGGGUGCUACACAAAUUUCUUCUGUGCGCAACGGUUGGGCCAUUUAAUAAACAUUCCAAUAGUUUCAGCAGUUUCCAAAAGACAAGUCCGUAUAUUACAGGGUAAAUUUGACGGAAUAAGGUGUAUAACUAUAAAAGUCUUACUCAAUUCAACUUUAUUUCUUGUAUGUUUCGGGAUCUUCUGGAUCAUAAAGUCUCGUAGUAAUUUCUGGUCGUUCGUUCAACUUGUGAUAUCAGUUUGUCCAUAGAAGUAUGAAAGAAAAUGUGUAAAAUUUACUCUUUGAAUUUAAUUAUAGGCAUAAAAAUCGGAGUAUUAACGAAUAUGAAUAAAAGAAGUCUGUUAGCCACUUUAUAAUUAGCAAAUCGAUUCACGUGCUAAUAAAAUUCCUUGUUAACUGUUAAAAAUACACUGAACGUAAAGAUGAGUAUUACAAAAAUCAUAAACCAAGUCUGUUAAUAAAAUUAGACAGGCUUACUUUACGUAUCCGAUAUUCUGUUUCCUAACUUUAUAAAUUCCAAAUUUACAUGCUAAGACACAUUAUUGAAUGUUCUGUAAACACUUGACAUUGUAACUGUGAUAUUUUUCCAAAAAAAUCGCUUUUUUUUCAGAUUUCAUUUGCCUAACAGUAUUCAUUGUGGGAUUUCCAGAUCUGUAAUGCGAGAUUCUUCAUCAAUAGGAAUUGAAGAAAGCAGCGAUAUAUCUUCAACUACCACUAGCUCUUACAAUACUUCCUCUCCAGAAAACUGGGAGGUGAUUGACUAUCCAAGUGGUAAUCGUAAUCGACCGCAAAUCAUACCAGAGUUUUUAGCCUUUCUUAUAAACCAAAAACUAUGGCAUCAAACAACACAAGCUAGACAGUUAUUAAAUAUUAAAUCAAGUCAUGGAGUCACUAAGGAAUCGGUCAACACAGUAACACCAUGUUCACCUGGGCUCUUAAUUGUAUGUGGCAACGACGAGCGUCUUUGUCGGGAUCUGGCGUUUUGGCUCAUAAAAUGUGAUAUUGAUCGUGUUUGCAUACUUUUUAGCAGUAACGACAGUAUAUCAGACUUCAUAAACUUAUGUUCUCAAUAGUUUGUUGUUCUGUCAUCUCACCAUCUCAUUAUUGUGAUUUGUAUACCUCUUCAUCCCUUUGGUUUCUGUUCAGUAUCAGACUACAGUUUUAAGUUCUUUCCGCUAAAUGACAUCAGUAUUUUUUCCUGUUGUACGCAUCAAUAUAUUCUUGAUUUUAUGAUAAGUGAUUGAACUACUGUUGCUAAUAAUCAGUCGUUUGUGAUUUAUUAAUUUCCUUCGUAUCUUAACCGUAUUUUGUAUGUAUUUAAUACUUUUCAGCAUCACUAAUUCGUUGUAUUUUUAUUGUUUUGUUAAUUCUAAUCAGAAUUGACUGGGUUGUCUAGUGGAAAAUCAAUAGAGAUGUUUAUAGCACUUUAUUUAUGGAAAAGCUCCAAGCAAUUUCCGGAAACGUCAUAGUCUCGCUAAGAAUAAUGCUAAAUCACGUGGUUACCACUCCGGUGAAACGCAUUGGGAUAGAAUGUCACAGAUUUUUUUGUCAGAUUGACACUGGGACAUGAUCGGUUCCCAGAACCAGUAAGCAGGAACUGGUGUAAAAUUCUCAAAUUUCUUAUGGCGCAAAACGUUUAGAGUUCCAAGAGUUCAUAAAAUCCAAGAUUUGGACAGUGGCGCACACCAAUCGAGAUUUCUAAAAUAACGUAAUUCGGUGGGAAUGGUUGUAUUGAUUUAAUGCAAAGGUAGGUGUUAAAUAUACACUGUCAGGUGCUUUGGAGGUUUAUAUGAAUGUAUGAAAAUCCCUUCUAAUGUGACGUGUUGCCUUUCGAAUUAUUUUCCUCUGUCCCUUCAGCUGCAUACUUCCCUGAUCUUUUAGUCCUAGAUGAGACAGCUACUAUUUUUCCAUCGUAACUUUUACUUUUCCUUCGUCUAGCGAAUUCCUAUGGUUCUCACGAACUACAUCAACAUUGUUUUACGUGGCUCUGAUGGCUGCCAUGUUGACUCAUUUCCCUUGCAUUUUUAUCUUAAAUUAAAGCACAUUUUCGUAAGCGCUCAUUGUCGUAAAAAUCUUAAAUAUUACCUUUUGAAUUAGGUCCACUUGAUCUAUCCAGAAGGGAUAAUUUUAUAUUAUUAAGAACAUUUGCUUUUUCGAACUGACUUGAUUGAAUUUGUUGAAUAACUGUGGUAAUUUCUCUAGAACCGUUCCUUACUGUUGGUACAGCUCUCAGAAGGUGCGACUAAGCCCGAUGCAAUUCUCUAGAACAUCGACAUGGCAUGUGUGGUAAAAUAGUUGUGUAAACUUUCUGUUUUUGUAUUGUCUGGAUUAUAACGAUGUUACUGCACAUAACAGAAGCUUUAAAGACAGAUGUUGUUCUGUACAUUUUGACACUUCAGUAAACGCUUUUUUGGGACUCAGGGGUACUAGACGCUCCAUUGUCAUGGUCAUAUCCGAAUCAACCAUAAUCAAGUUACAGAAUAAACACUUGCAUGUCUACUUUGUUUGACUUUUAACUGGUAACCGCACGAGUAUCCGAAUGAAAUUUCAUAUUUACUACAAAUUUCAAUCCGAUUCGUUUUAAAAUUUAUUUGCAUGAUCCAUAGCUGUUAUCGUAUGGUCGAUUUGUAUUCACGGAGCCGCAUACAGUCGAAUUACAAGUUAUCUAUCUCAUAAUAUGUCAGGUGUCGGAGAGUGAAUGUGUUCUUAUCAAAAAGCAACCUGCUACAAUCUUGUGACUGAAUAAUUCUAUCCACUCAGAAGUGGACAGUCACCGGUGCCUAGUUGUAUCAAGCUUGAGAGAAUUAUCAUCAAUGAUAAGGGAUGUCAGAUCAGCGGUCUAAAUUUUUCGCGCUUGUCGUGAGACUUGAUAUUACUUCAAAUUGAAAAACAUCAAUAAAUUAAGUAGACCUGGACCAGAAGGGAUAUAGUGAAGCAGCCAGUUGAGUUCAUCUGAAAAGUUGUUUAUAUGCUGCAGAUUCUACUAAGUAACAUGAAAAGCCGUACAAAACGUGUGCGAGUUUUAUUAGGCCACACGACGCCAGGAUCAAGCACAAAGGCAAGUUUGAACUGACCAUUCCACUUAUGAACUAUCUUGAUCAUAAAAAAACGUAAAUGACAGGGACUAUCAACUCGGAAAACCUUGUAUAAGUAGCUUACCUGUCCAUUCACAUCAGGCUCAUACAGAGAAACAGGAAGGAGAAGCUCAUGCGUUUAAAAUUGAAAGCAUAAACUGCUUAUACAUGAACGCCACGAGUUUACCAAAUAAAAUGGGUGAGCUAUGUGACGGUCAUCUGAUAGGAAUAUCUGAAACUUGGAUAUCUUCUCAGUUUACGGCACUGUUGGGCAGAAUACGAACAAACUGAUAACAACGGUGCAUACAGGCAAUACAAACGUAUAAGGAACACGUGCACAAAGGCAAUAAGAGAAGACAGACUUCAGUACCAGAUAAAGCUUAUAGAUGAGUUUGUCCAAUCAUUUCUUCGACAAGCCAAAACUGUAGUUUCCCAACUAUUAUGUCAUAAUGGCCUGACAAAUAACGACGGUGACGCCGCCCACCUUUUGGCUGGACAAUACUCUUGGACAUUUCAACCGACCCACGUCAACUAUACUGAUGACAGCUUUAUCUGCAACUGCACAGGAUUUUCCGUAGCGAACCUGAGCGCUGACUUGGUGUACCGGAAACUGCAGCACCUAAGAAAAGACAUUUCUCCUGGCCCAGAUAUGGUCUAUUCUGCUAUAUUGAGGGAAGCAGCUUCAAUCCUGGCAACGCCACACUCUAAGCCGAGGAAAACUACCGGAAAAUUUGAAGCUGGCUCACAUCACACUAAUUUUCAAAGGAGGUCGAUGCAGCGAACCUUCAAGUUACCGACCGGUGGCUCUUCUCUCCAUACCCUCGAAAAUCAUGGAGUUCUUGAUAUGCGAUGGUAUAAAUGACUAUUUACUGUCCUCAAACUUCUUAUCACCCCAACAGCAUGGUUUCAGGAAGGGUUACUCUUGUAUUACCAACCUGCUGACUGAGGCGGACAGAUGGACAAGCAUCCUCGAUCUCAAGGGGAAGGUUGAUAUCAUCUACCUAGAUUUCUCAAAAGCUUUUGAUAGGGUCAACCAUGUAUGUCUUAUCAAUAAGCUCAAACGAAUGGGUAUCAGACCACCUCUAAUCGAUUGGCUCACUUCAUACCUGAAAAAUCGACAUUUUAAGGUCAGUGUUAAUUUCACUUUAUCUCAGGCUAUGGAAUGUCCUAGUGGGGUCCCCCAGGGCUCAGUACUAGGACCUCUUCUCUUCUUGGUCUACAUAAAUGAUCUUCCUCAACAGGUAACGUCAGACUUAUUACUUUUUGCCGACGACGUGAAACUUCGGAGAGAGAUACGCAGCCAAGACGAUAUACAGGCACUUCAGGAGGAUCUGACUACACUUCAAAGUUGGGCAGAUGGCAACGGACUUACCUUUAACACUUCAAACUGUAACGUGGUUCAUCUGAGACAUGUUGCAGACUACAGUUACAACUUAGGUAACUCCUCUCUAGUAGUAUCCCAAGUCGAAAAAGAUUUAGGAGUCCUGGUGCCCUACGAUUUAAAGUCUUACGCUAACUGUGACAAAAAUGCCUUCCGAGCAAACCUUGCACUAGUAACAUUGAAGCGCAUUUUUGACUAGUUUGACCGGGUAACUUUCCAUUUAGAAUACGGAAACAUAGUAUUUCAUCCCUCAAUCCAAAACGAUAAGGACACUGUAACGUAUCCAACGGCGAGCCGCGAAAUUAGUUCGGGGACUCAAAUCCAUGCCUUAUGAAUAGCGCUUCCAAUCACUCGUUAGAGCAUGGGCGUCUUAGAGAUGACCUUUUAAUUGCUUACAGUAUCCUUAGCACUUCUGGACAUUCCCUUAAAUGCCUAUUUAGGUUUAGCUGCAAUACAAAACUAAGGGGGAACACCCAGAAACUAGAGACACAACACAGCAGAACGGACUGUAAGCUCAACUUCUACUCCUUAAGAGUUGUCAAAUGCUGGAAUUCACUGUCGACUGAACUAGUCCAAGCCACUUCCCAAGAGUUCUUUAAGAGAAAUCUUGACCUAUUCUUAAGGACUAAGGAUAACAUCGUAUUAUGAUUUACCAAGUUUUUUUCUUUUUCACCUCUUAUCGUUAAUAUACCUAGGUUCCUGCCUGGAAGUACAGGUGAUCCACUGCUACUAGACACGGAAGUCCGUUAAGCGAAAGCUUCGAUUACGUCCAAAACCGUUUGAACCAUUUGAAAUCGAUAAACAUGAUUGAAAAUGAAACAGUCAAUAGCUGAAUGACACAUUCUCCAACAGGUGCAGUCAUUGUCAUAAUAUCUUGCAUUUAAGAUAGGGUGAUAAGAAGUAAGACGGUUCCUAUUAUCUCAGGAGCAACAUUCUACCGAAAGGCAUAAAAAUAUCCCUCAAGUAAUAGUUGCGAAUCGAGAAGCCAACUGUACGGAAACAACAAACCUUUAAUAAAAUCACCUGGAGCAAGUCGAUCAGUCAGAUACCCAAUACGGUUGUCCUAGAAUCCUAAAUGUUAGGUAAUACACGCGUGGAACGGUAGUCGAACUCAAAAAAUUUUGAAGAGUUGACUACAUUUCAAAAACUAUAGACAAUAAAGUAAUUUUGAUCUCAAAUAUUCUAAAGGAGAAACCGAAUAUGCGUAGAUACCUUCAGCAACAGGAUAAACUAUAGAUGUGGGGAAAGAAUAAGUUGAUGACCAUAGGGGAAGACAAACAUAAACAAAUUCUCUAAUAUAUUCUUAUAGACCUAUGGGAAUAUUAUCUUUGGGCCCUGAGUUCGGUGCGCACCGUUGAAGAGACGAAAUAUUUAUCCAGUGCUCCCUAGUUCCAUCCGUCACAAAAAAUAUGAGACCUGUAGUUUUUGUGAGAUUGUCAUUGAAGCCAAGCUAAAUUAUUUAGCAGGCAGAUCACUGAAUGUCAAAAGUUUUGUGGGCCCCGUCAAUAUCAAGGACUACCAAUGUGAAGUAAUUGGACACCACGGAAAGGACAGUGAAUACACUCUAUAUUUAUUUGAUCUGACAAUAUUAAUACAUUUACUUAGCAAUGCCAUGCUUGCGCUAUAAAGUCGUCUCAAUAACCAAUGUACAUGGAUACCACAAUAAGGUAACCGACGUUAUGCAUUAAAUGUGAGGUGUAACGUGGACGUUAACCAGAAAAUCACACUAUCUUUGAGCAGACUUCAUUCAUCGAAACAAAUCAUUUAUAUUGACGAUUUUCAAAUCCUUAAACCACAUAGAGUCCGGUCAAUCAUUGGUGGCAAUCUGUGUUUCUAGAAAGUGUGAUGUAUUGCGCAAAACUUUUGUUUAUGCUUAUCAAACGCAGGAUACUCUAAAGCGAAAGAGUACUAGAUCUUAUGUGAGCUCAGACAAUCUCAAGGAAAGCAAGUGAUAUAGAGGGGAAACUCAGUUUCGUCGUCUACUUAAGAUCAUUCACCUUCACUGAUAUGGAAAUCAUAGUUUCGGGCCCAAUAUUAUGAAAUGAAACGACGGAUACUUUAAAAUAUUUCCAUACAUAUUUGUAUUAAGGCUUUAAGAUACACCUCUUGUGAGAAUGGAAAACUUGUAGUGGUAUUAAUUACUAACCGCACAACCUUCGAAGUCGAGCACAUGAUUACUCAAAAGAAUUAUAUUCAACACAACACAAAGAGAAGGUCAGUAUGGGUACACCACAAAAAUUCAAUCUACUCAUUCGAAUGGCACGGCUCAGCCUUUCAGGCAUGGUCACUCCUAUGUAACUUAUCCCUUUUAUUCACAAUAAAUAUAUUCUUCUACAUCCAGCCUAAACGUGUUCUUUAGAAACUCCAAACACUAUAUUACUGAUUGUACAAUACGACGAGUCAGAAUAGUCAAUGAUAUGACUUCCAUGUAUGAUCUCAUAGGUUAGGUAGUCAAAUUAUUACAAAUCCAAAUAUCAGGAUUAGAUAUGUUAUUAUAGCAAUGCUAAUAACGAAGCGGACCAUAGUUCUACAAUCCCUCCCUGUAUAUAACACAAAUGGCAAUAACCUUUCGUUACACUAUGAAUGCAAGAUUAUCAUUCUCGCUAAUUUUGUUGUUUGUUCCGUUCAUCUUGUUUGAAGAAGCCAUUACUGUUAUUAAUUUUACACAUCAUUUUGGUUUUCUCGAUGUGCCACUUUAUCUGUAUUGUUUCUCCUUUAUGUUGAACUGCCGGAUAACUCAUCCGAGCAAGUUAAUGGUUGGAUACAGCUCAUAUAAAAUUACAUCAACGAUAUUACUUACUUACGCCUGCUACUCCCAAUGGAGCAUAGGCCGCUGACCAGCAUUCUCCAACCCACUCUGUCCUGGGCCUUCUUUUCUAGUUCCUUCCAAUUCUUGUUCAUUUUUCUCAUGUCUAUCUCCAUUUCUCGGCGUAAUGUGUUCUUUGGUCUUCCUCUUUUUCUUUGACCUUCAGGAUUCCAUGUGAGGGCUUGUCUUGUGACGCAGUUGGGUGCUUACCUCAAUGUGUGUCCUAUCCACUUCCAGCGCUUCUUCCUGAUUUCUUCCUCCGUUGGGAUCUGGUUUGUUCUCUCCCACAGUAGAUUGUUGCUAAUAGUGUCCGGCCAAUGGAUCUGAAGUAUUUUGCGUAGACAAUUGUUAAGAAACACCUGUAUUUUCUGGAUGAUGGCUUUUGUAGUUCUCCAGGUUUCUGCCCCAUACAGUAGAACUGUCUUGACAUUUGUAUUGAAAAUCCUGACCUUGGUGUUGGUUGACAGUUGCUUUGAGUUCCAGAUGUUCCUCAGUUGUAAAUAUGCUGCUCUUGCUUUGCCGAUCCGCG